AUGGGUCCACACCCUCUCUGCCACAUCGUUACACCAGUUGGGUGCAUGGGUUAUGGCUUUGACGAGGAUGCUUGUGGCAAGGAACUCGCACAGCUCGUUCCCAGCGGCAUUCCAACGGCCAUUAUCUUAGACGCCGGGUCAACUGAUAGUGGUCCCGAGAAGCUAGCCCUUGGCACCAUGACUUGCCCUCGUUCAGCAUACGUCAGAGACUUGACCAAGUUGCUGAAGCUCGUACACAACUUCCGGGUUCCAUUAGUCUUCGGCUCCGCUGGGGGAGACGGCUCCGAUGAACACGUGGAGUUGAUGGAAGAGAUCAUUGAAGAGAUUUGUGCAGAAGAGAGCAAUUCGCAAUACUCGUUCAAAACUGUCUCAAUCUUUUCUGGCAUCGACAAAUCCGUUAUUCUCGAGCGACUCAAUCUUGGCGGGAUCUCCGGUUGUGGUGUUUGCGUGCCUCCAUUAACGCCUAAAGAUGUUACAGAUUCGACUCGCGUGGUUGCACAAAUAGGCCCCGAGGCGUUUGUCGAUGCUAUGGAAGCCACACCUGACUUCGAUAUCAUCAUCGGCGGAAGGGCAUACGAUCCCGCUCCUUACGUUGCAUACUCCAUGUAUCAGCUCAAACGGCAGCACCCGGGCAUUACUCACGACCAAAUCGAGUCAAUACACGGCGGUUUCUUGCACAUGGGCAAGAUCAUGGAGUGUGGCGGGCAAUGCUCGACGCCCAAGUCCCACGGCGCUGUUGCCACCGUCUACGAAAGUGGCAUGUUCGAUGUCAGGCCAAUCGCCCCCAGGUCACGCUGCACGCCGCUGUCAGUAGCCGCGCAUUCACUGUAUGAAAAUACGAGGCCUGAUAUCCUGCGAGGGCCCGGAGGUGCCCUUCAUCUCGAUCAGGCACACUAUGAGCAGCUCAGCGAUCAGCGUACUGUCCGGGCGCGCGGGGCACAUUUUGUCUCGUCCAUCGCCGGUGGGAAGUCAUAUCAAUUUAAGCUAGAAGCUGCGCGCGUUCUUGGAUAUCGGUCCAUUGUUCUCGGGAGUAUCAAAGAUCAUAUACUUAUUGAGCAGUUGGACGACUUGCUCCUUCUUGUCAAAGCCUACGUCAAGCAGCAGCAUAAAAAUGUGUCCGGUGACUGGGAUAUAGACUUCCACACUUAUGGCAAAGGGCAGAGUACGCCCACCGGUCCUGGGGAGAUAUUCAUCGUCGCGGAAGCAAUUGCCCCUACACAAGAACUUGCGACAGGUCUUGUAUCGACCGCAAGAAUUGCAUUGAUUCAUGGGCCAUACGCGGGCCAAAAGGCUACAUCUGGCAACUUCGCUUUCGGGAUUGCCGGGAAACUAGAGAUCGAGACCGGUCCAUGUGCCCAAUUCUCGAUGUACCAUCUCAUCGAUCUCAAGCCGGGUGAAGAAAGACUCUCAGUCACAUCAGAGAGCCAGGGAAACAGAAGCCUGCUCCGCUCUUCAGUUGCCAUAUUUGGAAAGGGCGAGGAAAUAAGAAGUAGCCAGCCUCUCCCAACGGACACUGAGUCUCAGUCGACAAAUGGGCCGAUGACAAAUGGCAAGAAAGCCCACGCGAGCCCGCGGGAUUCUCCUUCGAGCCCAAAGAGCAUCGCAAGUCACCCAAGGACUCUUUCGGACAUCUCCCGAGUCCUUCGUUCGAAGAAUGCGGGGCCUUACGAGAUCACAAUGGACGUCAUCUUCGAGACUGAGUGCAUCUUCAGAGCGAUUCGAGAUUCAGAAUUACUAUCUCCUAUCAAUGUCGCCGAGGCUCUUGGUAUUUCCGAGAGCGAUAUUGUUUGGAUUGGAUUCUUUGAGCCGGCUCUGGCAUUCAAGGUAACAAUACCUCGGUUCAGAGGGGGAAAGCAAGCUUCAGCCGGCAGCUUCAUGGAGAAUGAUAUUCAUGGAUCGCAACAACAUUUGGGACUAUCAGUCCUGAAGCUGCCGUCAGACUUCGCAGUCUAG